AUGCGGGCCCCGCAGCCGCGGCUCGCUGCUGCCGUCUCCAGGGCAGAGGGGGAAGAGCCCGGCACCUCCUCUGGUGUUCCCUUCGGGAAGAACUGGGAUCUCCUCUGCUUAGGGUCCCUGAUCCCUAAGCUGAAUAUCCAGAAGAUUCUCCAGAUCCUGAGGGGAGCAAGAGCCAAGAGGAAGCUGGACCUGGAGGGCCCCGAAUUUCGCACGCCCAAGGGGAAGGGCCGGACGCUGGCGCAGGUCCCCAGCCCCAGGACCCCCAAGUCUCCUGGGGAGAAGACCCGCUACGACACCUCCCUGGGGCUGCUCACCAAAAAAUUCAUCCGCCUGCUGAACGAGUCCCCCGACGGCGUCGUGGACCUGAACCGGGCGGCCGAGGUGCUGGAGGUCCAGAAGCGCCGCAUCUACGACAUCACCAACGUGCUGGAGGGCAUCCAGCUCAUCCGCAAGAAGUCCAAGAACCACAUCCAGUGGAUGGGGACGGGGAUCUUCGAGGACGCGGCGGUGACGGCGAGGCAGCAGGUGCUGCGGGGGGAGCUGGCUGAGCUGGCCAGGACGGAGAGGACGCUGGAGCAGCUCGUGCAGGACUGUGCCCUGCAGCUCCGGCAGCUGGUGGAAGAUGAGGCCAACCAGAGGCUGGCAUAUGUCACCUACCAGGACCUCCGUGCCAUCAGCAGCUUCCAGGAGCAGACAGUGAUCGCUGUGAAGGCUCCCCCAGAGACGCAGCUGGAGGUGCCAGACUUCAGCGAGGACAACUUCCAGCUCCACCUGAAGAGCACCAAUGGCCCCAUCGAGGUGUACCUCUGCCCGGAGGAGAUCACAGAGGAGAGCCCCACCAAGGACCACCCCGACCCCUACGCUGCCACCUCCCCACGGGACCACGCCAUCCCCCUCUCCCCGCCAAACAGCUCCAGACCAGUCCCACAGCUGCCCCACGCCACCCCCCAGGGCUGGGGGGGCACAGGAACCCCCUCCUCACCCUCAUCUCUGCCUCUCACCAUCCCGGGGGGGCCCAGCUCGCUGCUGGAGGUGGAGCCCGGGCUCCUGGGCUCUCCUGCCCACCUCCUGCAGCAGACAGAGGACCAACUGCCCUGCACCCCCUCCCAGCUGGACUUUGGACCCUUCAUUGCCUUCUCGCCCCCCCUGGAACAGGACGAUUAUCUCUGGGGGCUCGAGGGCGAGGGUGUCACUGACCUCUUUGAGGCCUAUGACCUGGGGGACCUGCUGAAGCCCUGAGUGUCCCCCCUGGGCUCCACUGCCUUUGUCCCCACUGGUCACUUGUGUC